AUGAUGAAAUUCGAAUUUGAUAAUUUGUCAAAUGAAACCAGUCAGAAUAAUUCUAUUUGCAUCUUUACUCAGUAUACAGAACCAGUUGUUCUCAGUGGUCUCAUAUUAACAUUUAUCGGAUUAGUUCUUGGAUUAAUAAUAAUAUUUAUUAAAAAUCUACAUACUAAAUCCACAAUGAACACAAUCGUCAUCGUGAUAACGAUGGUCUUUAUUAUUGUCGGUGUUGUAUUACUUAUGUCGGUUGGAGAAUGGUACGAACAAAUUAUUUCUGUAUCUAUAGCUACCGCGAUCUUCAUCAUGGCCAUUUUGCUGGAUAUAAAGCUACAAGGUUCAAAAAUGAAAUGGAUGAUAAUCUUGUUCACAUUGUGUUGCGUAUUUGCUGUAACUGGAUUGAUUUUCUUUGUUUUCGGUGUGAUAUAUGGAAGCAAAGGUUUACUAGGUGCAACCUUGGUUUGUUGGUGCGGCGAAAUGUUAAUUGUGGUUACCUGCACAAAAUAUUAUCUGGACAGCUAUCGCAAAUCACGACAGUUUUCCACACUGUACUGUGUUUUCCUAUUGAUGUAUGAAUACAUUGUACUUGUCAUCAGUUUAAUAUUCUCUUUGAAUUCAGUCAUCGAUUGUAAUUGGAAUAACAAGACAAUGAUUAGACACGAUGAACAGAUCCUGUUCCAUUGA